AAUGACUGUUACAGUUUACAUGCCUUUAAUGUUCUACGAAUUUUCUCUAAUAGCAGGCUUGGGCACACUUUUCUUAAUAAAUUAGAAUUAGAUGUAUACUCCAUAAUGAAUUCUUUGAGGCUGGAAAUGCAUGGUAGUCAGCCUGAAUUAUUCUUUUCCAAGGUCCUCUCCCUCCCCAGAACAGCAGCUCCAUUUCAUUUCUUUUCCUGGAAGCGAUUACUAUGCAGGGAUGUCAGAUUAUUGGAUGCGUUGAGCUUACAUAUGCAAUGACAUGUCAAUCAUGACUGAAGCUAAUUUAGGUUCAAUUCUGGAGAGUGAUUGUUUUGUAGUAUUUUAUUAUAUUGAUGAGGUCAGAGCAUGGAUUGAGUCGCAGAAGAAGUCAGGUUUCAACUAGAGAUUCUUCUCUGUAGUGAGCAAAAUAUAGGAUUCAACUCUCCUUUUUUUCCUCCUAGAGGAAGAGAGACUUGGUAUUAGGCUUUUGUAAGGUAGAAAAGCUUUAUGUACGAGUGGAAGACUGCAAGUCUCUUUCUGGUGACCGUUGAUGGAAGAUUGCAUUUGGCUCGCUCCUAGGCGGUAGGGUUGCCUGUUGCUUUUUCUUAUCUGAAUUGAUGGAAAUUGGACAUGCUGCAAACGUACCUGCCCUUUUAGAAAAAUUACAAUAUAAAUUUAACAUGAUUAAUGCCCGUAUUAAUCCAAUGGUUUUAUAUUUGAAAUUCGAAGAGAACUUAUUUGUGAGCAUUGCCCUCACAGUGCGAGUAUGAUCUCUCGGAAAUAAUGAAAAAGCAUCAUGAUUUUAGCUGCUAAAAAAUGAGUAAGUCUGGUCACUUUGGACAUCUCAAUUGUUUUUAAGUCUAACAACUUUAUCUUGUUAGCCCAAAUACAUAAUUGAAUCAUUAAUUUCCUCAUUUCAACUUUACCUGAUUCUGAUAAUAAGGAAAAUGAAAGAACAGUCCUUUCCAACUUGAAGCAACAAGAGAGCAGGAUUUAACUUUCUGGCCCAAAACACCAUCUGGGGCGGGGCUCCAUCUUGGGCACUUGGAGUCUUUUGUUUCAUACGAGCUGUUUUCUUUCCAUUUCCCGCUAUAAAGCUAACAACGGAAUUGGACUCAAGCAAGAAAAUCCACUGAAUUGAAACAUAAGGCGCAAGGAAAGAAAAACAAACAGAUUUUCGACAUGAAUUAAGAAUAACAUCACAGCAACACGGCGAAGAUGGAAGGAUUUGUUUUGCUUUUGGUUGCAGCUGUUUCAAUGGGCAUGACCAUCCAAGCAGUCGGUCAAGAGAAUAGUAGAUCGAAUGUGUCAGCAAUGUACGUGUUGGGUGAUUCUUCGGUGGAUUGUGGAAUCAACGCUCUGUUUUAUCCAUUCUUUCACCAAAACCUUUCUUUGUUUCCUUGUAAUGGAUCCAAUUCCAUUCUUCUUCCCUAUCUUCUUGCUGAGAAAAUGGGUUUACCAUACACUGCACCAUUCUACAGGCAGAAUGGAUCCAUCGAGGGUUUGCUAAGCGGUGUGAAUUAUGGGGCAGCAGAAGCAACAAUCAUGAGCCCCAAUAGCCUGAGCCAUCAGUCUCUUAACGACCAGCUAAGGCAAGUAUUUGAGACACUUCAGCUGUUUGAGUUACAACUAGGCCGGGAGAGCGCUUACCAUUUCAUCAGAUCCUCCAUAUUCUACCUCUCCUUCGGUAAAGAUGACUACAUAGGUCUCUUCCUCCGCAACUUUUCGGGUGUAAUGGUUAAAUACAGUGGCCACGAAUUUGCUCAAAUUUUGGUUAACCAGAUGGUGAAUGCCAUGAGGAACCUUUAUGAUCUGAAUGUGAGGAGGGUUAUAUGCAUGGGAAUAUUACCUUUGGGUUGCACCCCAAGUUUCCUGUUGGAGUGGUACGUUCCCACAGCUGGAGGUAACAAUAAUGAUGGAACAGGUUGUGUUGAGGAGAUAAAUGAACGCGUUUUGCAAUACAAUAUAAUGCUAGAAGAGGAGAUAAUUAGGCUCAAUGAAGAGUUGCCUGAUGCACAGAUAGUCUUCUGUGAUCUGUACCAAGGAGUCAAGAAGAUCAUAACCCACCCACAAUUCUAUGGAUUUGAGGAUGCAAACAGUGCUUGCUGCGGGCUUGGUUUGUACGGUGCGGAGAUAGGAUGCCUCUCUGCAGAUAUGGCCUGCAAUACUGUGUCAUCUCAUGUCUGGUGGGAUUUCUAUAGCCCAACACCAGAAGUUAACUCCUUGCUUGCUGAUUCAGCAUGGUCAGGUGAAGUCCUCCUGUCUAACAUAUGUCGUCCCACUACCGUCCAGGAUCUGGUUUACACUCCAAUAUAGCAUCUUCCCUGACCUCCAUUGAUUUCACAAUGUCUUCUUUGGUUUGGAGGUUGCCUAGAGUAGUGAAACAUAUAUUCACAGGCCAUUACGGAUUGAAAUUUCCUUGUUAGGUAACCCCUUUGUCCUCUUACGCAUGCGGACAGUUUCUCCAAUUUUGUUUCCCCUAAAAGCUAGCUGAGUGUUGGUGUAAUGGUCCGGUAACUUUCCUGAGAAACUGCAGUCCAGUCACAAUGCAAUGUUCAUCUGCUACAUAAAUUUUUUGUA